AGAGCACGUCUUGGAUGAACAGCUUUGCUCCACGUGGGUUCACUGUUCUCGCAUGUUAAAACUCAGGUGAGUUCUGCCGGAUAGGCUAAUGUGCUGUGACUGUCCCGCCUCCUCAAAUCAGGUAAUGAAAACAAACCGACGCUGACACGACACACCUGUUGAAUGAGGAUUAGCAGGUAAGCAGCCCAUUCCUCGACCAUUGUGCGUUUGUUAUCAUAACAGUCUGAACGCGUGGCACUUUAUAGUUAGCUUUAAAACCGGACAUCAGGAUGGUGAGCAGUCAAGUAAAGGUCACAGGGCGCCAUAAGCCACCUAAAGACACCAAACACAGCGACUAUUCCUGUGGCGGGUCACCGCUGCCAGCAGAACCUCCUUCAGAUGCAAAUAUACCGAAUCUACCGAUACCGACCCAGAAAGCGUCAGGGGGCAGUAAAGCCAAGAACAGCUGCCAAACAGGACCAAAAAAACACAAGUCCACUUCUGAAGAGAAAUACCUCGGAGUCCGAGUGAGAAUGCCAGUACGGGACAUGCUCAAAAAUAUACGGAUAGCCAAGGGGAUUGACCCUAAAGAUCUGCAGGGAAAACAUUCUAAGGCAUCUAAAGGGGAUAAGAAACGAGUUAACACGGGUGGAAACCGGAGACGUUUUCUGAAACAUCAAACAAAAAGUCUUGAGGAGCUUGCGAUUAUAGUAGAAGUGUUGGAGGAGGAUCUUAAGACCUGUCAGUCAUACAGAUUGCCAAACAAAAGCCCUUCAGCUUCAUACUCUUCAGAGUUCUGGGUUGAAGAUGCAUCUCCACAGGGUUUCAUGAACACAAAUGGCCAGGCGAAUGAGAUACCUUUGUCUCCAAGCUACUCAGUACCGUCUGAGACCUCCCCUGUCCACUCUGUGUCCAGCUCCUACCCAUUCCCAACUUACAGCCAGGGUGCCGAUGUUUUCUUGGGGAAUCAGGAAGAAUAUAGCAGUUAUGAGUCAGAUAACUACAGGUAUGAUGGUCUAUAUGGAACGAGCUGCUCUCCUGCCAACUCCUGUGAAUACCAGGUGCCCUCCCCACAAGAGUCAUUCAACGCCAGUCCCAACCUAGAAGUCUGGGAGGUUUCCUCUCAAAAGAUGAACUGUCCACAAUGGCCACAUUCUCAGCACGAGGAAUGGAGUGGUAUGACCUUCUUUUUGACUCAACUGGAAAGAGAGGAGAAUCUGCUGCAAGGGAUAUCUGACCAAGAGCUUCUUGCAGUAGACGAAAAUGGAAGGAUUCUUUUACACAGAGUUGUUGAGGAGGGAAAGAGAUCCCUUGUGUAUGUUAUUGCCAGAAGGAUGGCGGCUCUGAAGAAACUAGAUAUCAGAGAUUCAGAGGGAAAGACUCCCCUUCAUCUUGCUGCACAGAAGAAUCAACACUUCAUGGUGGUUGAUUUGGUGUCACUUGGUGCAAAUAUCAAUGGGAAGGACCGAUAUGGGAAAACAUGUCUUCAUCUCAGUGCAGAGAAUGGAUAUAUUCGAGUCCUGGAGGUCCUGAAAUGUUUAAUGAGAAACGGUGUAUAUAUUAAUUUGGAGGAAAGAGAUGCAAAUGGGCUCAGCGCGCUGCAGUGUGCGGCAGUAGCCCUUAACCACACAGUGCGGGAGCUGGAGCUGUGUGGACCUGCAGGAUGGGUCAGACUGCACACCCUUCGCAAGGAGCAGAUGAUAGAAACGCUAGAGUGCCUCCUUCAAAUGGAGUGCUAUUUACACACUCCGGCCAGAAACAACAUGAUUUAGAAGCGGUUUGGCUACAUGUGUGGCUGCUUCUGGCAAGAGUUGUUUUCUCUGUCAAGCCAGGCAGUGCUGUUAACUGACGGUAAAUGUUUUUGAGUGAAUACAAGAUUUUACCUGGCAUUGAAGACAAAAUUUACAUGUAUGUAUGUAUGUGUGUGUGUAUGUGUGU